AUACCACUCGUUUCGCAUCAGCCUUAUCUGCUGACUAUAGCUAGCCCUACCAAAACAACAACGACAACACCUGAACAGCAAUAGUAGCAAGGCAAUGAAGCCUUUCAUCUGCAGCAGCCAUUUCGUCGUUCUCGUUCUGUCCAUCGUCAUUGCCGCCGAGAUGGCGUCCGUCGAGGCGGAUCAUGACUGCUACCACCUGAGCGGAAAGUUCAAGGGGUGGUGCUUGUAUCCGGACCACUGCGCAGACGUGUGCUUCACUGAGAGCGACAACAACCUUGGCGGCAAGUGUCGCGGCUUCCCGUCUCGUUGCUACUGCAAGACAUACUGCGCGCAGGGGCCAAAGGCCGCUCCUAGGACUACUGUUGCUGCUAGCCCUGCUCUGGUGUAAUGUUUGCCUGGUAGCUCGUAGUAAUGUCUGUGGUUGUGAGAAAAUCAAUUCGUGACAAUUAAUUCGAUCAGCAUCAUAGACAUGUU